AGUCUGAGACUUCUACAGUAGUAAGCCAGGGCCACGACCCCAACACGAUUGCCAAUUCACGGACAUCCCCUUGCAGCUGGACGCCAAAGGCGCCGCCUUCGGUCGCGAUGGGCACAAGAGAUGCCGAGCAAGCUGAUGCUGGCCAGGGCGCUGUCAGCGGCGAGGCAGGGACCGCAUCCCAACCUGCCCAGGCGCACGUCACAGCGCGUGCUGGCGCUGAGUUUUCUGCGCCGCACGCGGGCACGCUCGCACCACCAGCGGGGGCGUCUGGCUCUUCCCCAGAUGCCGCAUCAUCUGCGGGUGCUGCUAGUAACCCGGCUGCUGCGAUAGCGGCGGUGGCUGCCCUAGGUGACGGCGAGGAAGGCCGGGCACUGCUGCAGGAGUUCAGGGACGCGUUCAGUCACCUGAAUGACGAGACCUUCAUCACUGCUGAGCUGCUGCCGCGGCAGGCGGCGGCGCUGGCGGCGCUGCGGCGGCGCUGCGGGCUGGUGGGCAAGGCGCGCUGGGCGCCGGGGCAGCUGCACGCGUCCGUGACGCCGCAGGAGCUGGCGCUCAUUGAGCAGAUGAGGGAGCAGCUGGAGACCGCGCAGCCGCCGCUGCUGACCAGCCCCCAGGACGCCGCCUACGUGACGGACCUGAUGCUGCUGCGAUACGUGCGAGCCAGGGACCACCACCUGGACAAGGCCAUGCACAUGUUUGCCCACUCCCUGGUCUGGCGCCGCACUCACACGCCCUGGGCCAUGUCCAACCCCGCCACCGCGACCAACAAGAACUCGUCAGACGCCCGCAUCGUGGGGUACGACACGCAGGGGCGGGUGGUGGUGUACAGCAGUUUCGCGCGGAGUGUGGAGCGCACGCCGGAGCACGUCAAGCUCAACACUACCUGCCUCAUGGAGAAGGCCACCCUGUGCGUCAACGCCGGCAGCCCCGGCAGCGUUGUGUGGGUGAACCACUUCGGGGGGCGACACAAGAAUGGGUUCGGGUGGCGCGACGCGAACCCAGCCUUCGCAUUGGGGGCCAUCGAUGUGUUCUCCAACCACUACCCCGAGUGCCUCGCCACCAUGAUUAUCGUGGACCCGCCCGCCGUGUUCUUUGGGCUGUGGAAGCUGGUACACCCACUGCUGCCCGAAAAGACCGCCAAGAAGGGCGACUUCAUCCACAGCCACGCGGACAACAGCGCCAAGUUCAACGCCCUGUUCGGCCGCGAGCUGGCCGCUUACAUCACACAGCUCAUACAGCAGGACGCGCAGUAGCAGGCUGACUGCGGCAGUGUGUGCGCGUGCGUGCAUGUGCGUGUGAGUGUGAGUAUGUGUGUGUGUGACUGUGUGUGUGUGUGUGACUGUGUGUGUGUAUGUGUGACCGUGUACGUGUGUGUCAUAGUGGCACUGUGAAUGGCGGUGUGGUGAAUCAAGUAAAGAGGCAAGAGUGCGGCAAGUAGUAUUGCUGACUGCGUAUGUGUUCGGCGUGGUGUGGUGUGGCGUGGCGUGACGCGUUUGCCUGGCGUUGACAAUGGUGGCAGCGGUGAUCAUGGCGGGUGGGCGGAUAGGCGGGUUGCCUGACCGCCCUGUGACUCGUGGUUAUUGCUUGGAGAUGCGAGCGUCACGGCAGAGUGUGGUGCGUGGCGGGCUGGUGGCAGAGGCGGGUGCUGCGGGACGACAGCUGGGUCGCUGGGAGCGUCACGUGGAAGUAGCCAAGUAGGUGGCUAGGCCGGGGCUGCUACCACGCGCAAGAGCUGAUGCUGGGGGUUUGCAGCAACUUGACGGUUCGUGGGACCGAGGUCGUCCCAGGCACCUCUCCAUGGUCCCUGUGCGCUUGGUCACCCGGAUGAGUUGUGCUGUUUGUUAACGUCCACAGCG